CCCUACCCCGCCGGGCGCCCCCCCGUAGGCCCCCCGCCCCGUGCGUUCCCCCCACUGGACACCCCUCCCGGUCGUGCGAGCCCGGCGCCCCCCCUCGAGUCGGCCGCCGGGGGUUUUGUUUAUGGUUGGAUUUGCGGCCUAGUGGGCCGCGCCGGAGCCGGGGCCUCGAUUUGGGAGCGUGGCCGGGGCGGGGCUUGGGCAGCCGGAGGGGGGGGCCAUGCGGCUAGAGCCCGAGCAGGGAGAGCGAGGAAGAGCGCGAGCGAGCGCGGCCUGGGCCCCGCCUGAGGUAGGGCCCGCUGCGCCCUGGCCGCUGCCUGUGAAUACGACGAGGGGCCUCCUCCCUUCCCGGCCCGCUGCGGGCCUCCUCGGUAUUCUACCUUGUAAAUACUGUUAUUUGUAUAUACUGUAAAUGAUGACGUCGGUGGGCACUAACCGAGCCCGGGGAAACUGGGAACAACCUCAAAACCAAAACCAGACACAGCACAAGCAGCGGCCACAGGCCACUGCGGAACAAAUUCGACUUGCACAGAUGAUUUCAGACCAUAAUGAUGCUGACUUUGAGGAAAAGGUGAAACAAUUGAUUGAUAUCACAGGCAAGAACCAGGAUGAAUGUGUCAUUGCUUUGCAUGACUGCAAUGGAGAUGUCAACAGAGCCAUCAAUGUCCUACUGGAAGGAAACCCAGAUACGCAUUCGUGGGAGAUGGUCGGGAAGAAGAAGGGCGUCUCAGGACAGAAGGAUGGUGGCCAAACGGAAUCCAACGAGGAAGGCAAAGAAAAUCGAGACCGUGACAGAGACUAUAGUCGGCGACGUGGUGGGCCACCAAGACGAGGGAGAGGUGCCAGCCGUGGACGAGAGUGUAUGCAUGGGGCUUUAACAAAACCAGCUGUUGUUCGGGGUCAGGAAAAUGGAUUAGAUGGCACCAAGAGUGGAGGGCCUUCUGGAAGAGGCACAGAAAGAGGCAGAAGAGGACGUGGCCGAGGCAGAGGUGGCUCUGGUAGACGAGGAGGAAGGUUUUCUGCUCAAGGAAUGGGAACCUUUAACCCAGCUGAUUAUGCAGAGCCGGCCAAUACUGAUGAUAACUAUGGCAAUAAUAGCGGCAAUACGUGGAACAACACUGGCCACUUCGAACCAGAUGAUGGGACGAGACUUGAUUUCAUUGGGGUUGAGGGGUCAAAUUAUCCCCGAAAAUUUGAGACUGCUCCUGGUGCGUGGAGGACUGCAACAGAGGAGUGGGGAACUGAAGAUUGGAAUGAAGAUCUGUCUGAGACCAAGAUCUUCACUGCCUCUAAUGUGUCUUCAGUGCCUCUGCCUGCGGAGAAUGUGACAAUCACUGCUGGUCAGAGAAUUGACCUUGCUGUUUUGUUGGGGAAGACACCAUCUUCAGUGGAGAAUGAUUCAUCUAAUCUGGAUCCAUCUCAGGCUCCUUCUCUUGCCCAGCCUCUGGUGUUCAGUAAUUCAAAGCAGAGUGCCAUAACACAGCCUGCUUCCGGAAACACAUUUUCUCAUCACAGUAUGGUGAGCAUGUUAGGGAAAGGAUUUGGUGAUGUCGGCGAAGCCAAAGGUGGCAGCACCACGGGCUCGCAGUUCUUGGAGCAGUUCAAGACUGCUCAGGCCCUGGCCCAGUUGGCGGCACAGCAUUCUCAGUCUGGAACCACCACCACCUCUUCUUGGGACAUGGGCUCCGCCUCACAGUCCCCAUCGCUGGUGCAGUACGAUUUGAAGAACCCAAAUGAUUCAGCAGUACACAGCCCCUUUACUAAACGCCAGGCAUUCACCCCAUCGUCAACCAUGAUGGAGGUGUUCCUUCAGGAGAAGCCACCCGCAGUGGUUACCUCCACAGCCGCACCUCCGCCCCCCUCUUCUCCUUUGCCAAGCAAAUCCACCUCGGCCCCACAGAUGUCUCCCGGGUCUUCAGACAACCAGUCCUCUAGCCCUCAGCCGGCUCAGCAAAAAUUGAAACAACAGAAGAAAAAGGCCUCCUUGACUUCAAAGAUUCCUGCUCUGGCUGUGGAGAUGCCUGGCUCAGCAGAUAUCUCAGGGCUAAACCUGCAGUUUGGGGCAUUGCAGUUUGGGUCAGAGCCCGUCCUUUCCGAUUAUGAGUCCACCCCCACCACGAGCGCCUCUUCAAGCCAGGCUCCAAGUAGCCUCUAUACCAGCACGGCCAGUGAAUCUUCAUCCACAAUUUCAUCUAACCAGAGUCAGGAGUCCGGUUAUCAGAGCGGUCCAAUUCAGUCGACAACCUAUACCUCCCCAAAUAAUGCUCAGGGUCCUCUGUAUGAACAGAGGUCCACACAGACUCGACGGUACCCCAGCUCCAUCUCCUCAUCACCCCAAAAGGACCUGACUCAGGCAAAGAAUGGCUUCAGCUCUGUGCAGGCCACGCAGUUACAGACCACGCAAUCUGUUGAAGGUGCUACAGGCGCUGCUGUGAAAUCUGACUCACCUUCCACUUCUGGCAUCCCCCCUCUCAGCGAAACGGUGUCUGCAGCUUCCUUACUGACAACAGCCAGUCAACACUCAUCCUCCUUGGGCGGUUUGAGCCACAGUGAGGAGAGUCCAAAUGCUACCACCACACAACACAGCAGCACGUUAUCCACGCAGCAAAAUACCCUUUCGUCAUCCACAUCUUCUGGGCGCACUUCGACAUCCACUCUUUUGCACACAAGCGUGGACAGUGAGGCGAACCUCCAUUCUUCCUCCAGCACUUUCUCUACCGCGUCCAGCACGGUUUCUGCGCCUCCCCCGGUGGUCAGUGUCUCCUCCAGUCUCAACAGCGGCAGCAGCUUGGGCCUCAGCCUCAGCAGUAACUCCACCGUCACAGCCUCGACUCGGAGCUCAGUUGCUACAACUUCAGGAAAAGCUCCUCCCAACCUCCCUCCUGGGGUCCCGCCAUUGUUGCCUAAUCCGUACAUUAUGGCUCCAGGGCUGUUACACGCCUACCCGCCACAAGUAUAUGGUUAUGAUGACUUACAGAUGCUUCAGACAAGAUUUCCCUUGGAUUACUACAGCAUCCCAUUUCCCACGCCCACCACUCCGCUGACUGGGAGGGAUGGUAGCCUGGCCAGCAACCCUUACUCUGGUGACCUCACAAAGUUUGGCCGUGGGGAUGCCUCCUCCCCGGCCCCGGCCACAACCUUGGCCCAGCCCCAACAGAAUCAGACUCAGACUCACCACACCACGCAGCAGACCUUCCUGAACCCGGCGCUGCCUCCUGGCUAUAGUUACACCAGCCUGCCGUACUACACAGGGGUCCCGGGCCUCCCCAGCACCUUCCAGUACGGGCCUGCUGUGUUCCCUGUGGCUCCUACCUCUUCCAAGCAGCAUGGUGUGAAUGUCAGCGUGAAUGCAUCGGCCACCCCUUUCCAACAGCCAAGUGGAUAUGGGUCUCACGGAUACAACACUGGUGUAUCAGUCACCUCCAGUAACACGGGCGUGCCAGAUAUCUCGGGUUCUGUGUACUCCAAAACCCAGCAGUCCUUUGAGAAACAAGGUUUUCAUUCCGGUACUCCUGCUGCCUCCUUCAACUUGCCUUCAGCCCUAGGAAGUGGGGGGCCCAUCAAUCCGGCCACAGCUGCUGCCUACCCACCUGCCCCCUUUAUGCACAUUCUGACCCCCCAUCAGCAGCCGCACUCCCAGAUCCUCCACCAUCACCUGCAGCAGGAUGGCCAGCUACCAUAUUUGCAGAUGAUUCUCUGUUGCCAGCGCCAGCAGGAGGAGCAGGGAUUUCACAGCCUACAAAGGACCGCUGCACAUUUCCAUUUCCUCCGGAAACUGCUCCACCUGCAGCAGAUUCCGGGCCGUGAAGGGAGUGGACAGCAGACAGCGGGUGGAAAGGGAGAAGAUUCAGCAGGAACUGGAAGAGAGCCCUUCUUUGGAGGCAUGACUCGGGAUGAAGAUGAGGACGAUGAGGACGAGGAAGGGGAAGCCACGUGGGGCCGUGGGAGCUCGAGGUGUGAGGGCCCUCGGCCCCCCGAGGAAUUCGGCUUUGGCUUCAGCUUCAGCCCGGGAGGAGGGAUGCGCUUCCAUGACACCUUUGGCUUCGAUGACCUAAUUCGGGAUUUCAGCGACCUCUUCAGCGAGCUGGGGACCUGGACCUUGCCUUCCCGCGCUCCUGAACUUCCAGGGCCUGGUCCCGAGUCAGAGACACCUGGUGAGAGACGACGGGAGGGACAGACACUUCGGGACUCAAUGCUUAAGUAUCCAGACAGUCACCAGCCCAGGAUCUUUGGGGGUGUCUUGGAGAGUGAUGCAAGAAGUGAAUCCCCCAAACCAGCACCAGACUGGGGCUCCCAGAGACCUUUUGGUGUGUUUGAUGAUGUGUGGCCUAUGACCCCCCGUUCUAGAGCCAGAGAAGACAAUGAUCUUGAUUCCCAGGUUUCCCAGGAGGGCCUCGGCCCAGUUCUGCAGCCCCAGCCCAAAUCUUAUUUCAAGAGCGUCUCUGUGACCAAGAUCACUAAGCCAGAUGGGACAGUAGAGGAGCGCCGGACUGUGGUGGACAGUGAGGGCCGGACAGAGACCACAGUAACCCAUCAAGAAGCAGAUGGCAGUCCUAGAGAUGAUCCAGAAUCACCAACACCUCCAGCCCUGGAUGAUGCCUAUUCCAUCCUGGAUUUAUUCCUAGGACGUUGGUUCCGGUCCCGGUAGCCCUGUUAACCCUCAGAAGCCUUCAGAUUCUGUCCACCCUUUGCUCACCAUCUGUGGGCUUACCUUCUGCUCCUGCCACCUCAGGGCCUUGGGUGUGUGAAACAGUGAGUUGGGGGUAUGUCAGUAUGUGACUCACCCAAACUGACUAAUAAAACGUUUAUUUAUGCUAA